AUGGAUAAGCUGUUAGAAUUUGUUGCACCGAUAAUACCAAAGUUGAAGGAAAUCCACAUGGAUAAGCUGUUAGAAUAUGUUAAAUCGAUAUUCCCAGACUUGGAGGAAAUUACACGUACUCUUCAAAGAAAAAUAAAAGUACUGAAAAGUCGAAAAGAUGAUGUUGAUCAUGAAUUACAAAAUGCAGCAUGUCAUUCUGGAAAAAAACGCAAGAGAGUGGUUGAAGAUUGGAGGAAUAAUGUUGAAAACAUUAUAAAAGAGUUUGAAGCCUUGGAACAAGUACUACAAAACAGCAGUAUUUUUCGUGUUUGCAAACGACAAGAGUUGGCUAAACAGCUUGAAAGAAUGACUAAGGUAGCGACGGAACUUGAUGAACAAAGUAAGAUUCCCGACUGGCUUUCUCAUAAGGUUGAUGAGAGUAUUGACCGCAUUUACAAAUUGCAAAGUGACAUUGCCGAAGCAUUGAAACUAGAUUUUUCAUGUGGGAGUGAUGUGAAGAAAAGGGCAGCUCGACUGUUCCAGGAAUUUGAGAAAAAAGGGAGAUCCGUACUUAUACUGGAUGAUGUUUGGAAACAAAUUAAGGCAUUGGAGGUAGGCAUUCCUUUAAAAAGGGAUGGAUGCAAGUUGGUCGUAACAAGUCGAUCAAAAGAUAUUUGUCAACGUAUGAGCUGCAAGAAGAUUAUCAAAGUGAACACACUUCCCGAUCCUGAAGCUUUGGACCUAUUCUUUAAGACACUUGAUCGUGAUGACCUAACUGUGGAAGUAGAAGAGAUUUGCGAGAAAAUGGUAAAGAGAUGUGAUGGAAGCCACAUGGAUACGCUGCGAGAAUAUGUUACAUCGAUAUUCCCAGACUUGGAGGAAAUUACAUAUACUCUUCAACGAAAAAUAAAUGUACUGAAAAGUCGAAAAGAUGAUGUUGAUGAUGAAUUACAAAAUGCAGCAUGUCAUUCUGGAAAAAAACGCAAGAGAGAGGUUGAAGAUUGGAGGAAUAAUGUUGAAAACAUUAUAAAAGAGUUUGAAGCCUUGGAACAAGAAGUACUACAAAACAGCAGUAUUUUUCGUGUUUGCAAACGACAAGAGUUGGCUGAACAGCUUGAAAGAAUGACUAAGGUAGCGACGGAACUUGAUGAACAAAGUAAUUUUCCCGGCUGGCUUUCUCAUAAGGUUGAUGAGAGUAUUGACCGGCUCUUGAAGGAAUCCACAUUCUCGGGUCAUGUUUAUUGGGUCACCGUCUCUCAAGAGUUCAGCAUUUACGAAUUGCAAAGUGACAUUGCCGAAGCAUUGAAACUAGAUUUUUCAUGUGGGAGUGAUGUGAAGAAAAGGGCAGCUCAACUGUUCCGGGAAUUUGAGAAAAGAGGGAGAUCCGUACUUAUACUGGAUGAUGUUUGGAAACAAAUUAAGGCAUUGGAGGUAGGCAUUCCUUUAAAAAGGGAUGGAUGCAAGUUGGUCGUAACAAGUCGAUCAGAAGAAGUUUGUCAUCGUAUGAACUGCAAGAAGAUUAUAAAAGUGAACACACUUUCCAAGCAAGAAGCUUUGGACCUAUUCCGGAAGACACUUGAUCGUGAUGAACUAUCUGUGAAAGUAGAAGAGAUUUGCGAGAAAAUGGUACAUAGAUGUGGUGGUUUGCCACUUGCACUCAUCACAUUAGCUGGAAGCAUGAGAAGCGUGAUUGACAUUCAUGAAUGGAAAGAUGCAUUGGAAGGACUAAAAGUGUCAUGUUUNGAACCUGUUCUUGAAGACACUUGA